UAAAUAGACAAACAAUGAGGCCUGAAAAUUCGGAUGAAAUUGAUAUACCUCCUGGAGGACCUCCCUAUACAAUUUUCAUGGGUAAUUUGCCAGACUAUGCUCUAGAAUGCGAUCUUGAAAUGAUGCUGAAAGGACUUGAGCACGAUCGCAUUCGUUUGGUUAAAAGCAAAGACACGGACGAGUUCAAGGGGUUUGCAUAUGUUGAUAUCUUAACCCCGGAAUCUCUUGUUGAAGCGUUGAAACUAAAUAAUUCAAGGCUAGAUGAAUAUCAGGUGCGAGUAAACCUAGCCGACAACAACCGAGGGAAUAGACAUCAGAGAGGUGGACAGCGUGGUGGAAACAUGCAGCAACAAAAUAAUUUUCGGAGCCGCGGCGGCUACAAUAACCGAGGAAGUUCUCGGGGAAUGGGCAAUUAUAAUUCCAGAGGGGGUAACCAACGUGGCGGUUUCAAUACUAACCUGCGGGGUUCUUACGAAAAUACUCGUGGGUCGUACGAUAAUUCUCGUGGGUCAUACGAUAAUUCUCGUGGUUCUUACGACAACCCACGCGGAUCUUACUACACUAAUAAUCACCGAAGUAAUUCCACCGGUGUGCAUCAUCAACAUAGCCAAGGCUAUGAGGAUUACCAUAAUUAUCAGAACUUCCAACAACAGAGACCGAGUCAUCAAAACCGACCGAGCAACCAGAGGGGCAUGCAACGUGGUGGCGGUAACUACGGACCGCCUGAUCGCGGCUCGUAUAACAAUGGUGGGUGGAACAAUCAACGUGGAGGAGGCCGAGGCGGUUGGAACCACAACAACGCAUAUCACCAGCAUCCACCUCAUCAUAACAGUCAAUUCCACCCUCAACGAAGCAGGGUGACAUCUACAAGUAGCCGAAACAAUGACCCUCCUCUGCAGCCGUUGACCGAAGAGGAGAGAGCUAACCGGCCCAGAUUGAACUUGUUGCCCCGUUCUGUUGGUGCUACUAGUGAAUCGGGGGGAGCUGCCGCCGGAAAUGAGUUCGUUUUGACAGAGCGCAAUGUCUCGAUUUUCGGCAAGUCAAUAACCCGAAGUGCCAAUACAUCGCUGGACAACUCACCAGCUACAACAAUGGCCGACCCAGCAAUCAUCUCUGCUUCGCAAAUGCAGUCUGCCAAUUCGGCCGAAGAUGUUGAGCAUUCUCCGGUCUCGUCUGGUCACGCUAGUUCCUCCAACAGCCAGAAGUCACCAGCUGGAGUCCAGGGAGACCCCGGGCCACACUCGUUUUCCACGCCGUACGGAGAUAAGCCGCCGGAUAUGAGUGAACACAGUGACUCGGGUUUCAGAAGCGAAGAUGGAAACGGGGAAGGACAGAACCGCUUCACUCCCGACAUGAAACAAGUUGAAGGCCGAGUGGAAUCGCUACAAGUUUGAACGAAGAACACCAGUUUGUUCAUCAAUGCAGCUUGCCGUGGAUUAGAAUAAAAUUCAAUUUCCAAUUUAAUUCUCAUUUAUUAUUUCGCAAAUAAACUUGAUUUAAUUGGAGGCAGCAUCUAAGCUAAGUAGGAUUCCAAAUACAAAACUGGUAUUUAGAAUUAUCUCUUAAUUUUAGUCAUUGUCGAGUAAAUUUUUGUUAACAAGCUUAUCACCAACUGAGCUCACGUCUAACUCGAUAGAGCGUGCCGAAAUGAACUUGUAAUAAAUUUCCUUUGCUUGUUGGGCAUCUAAAUUUAUGUCAAUGUAUAUUUUCAGUAUAGACAAAAUUUUUCAGAUUUGUUCAAACUUCACUUUACGAGUGAAAAACUAGAGGCAGUAUUGCUGGAUACAUUAUUGUGUUUUACUUUCAAAGUAUAUAGUCCAUGCUUUGUUUUCAAAAUUUCCUGAUUUGGAUUUGAAAAUGUUGAUAAACAUUGAGUUGGAAAAUGAAAACAAGGUGUCUGAUCGUCGAUUUACAAAAAUAUCUCUUUAAAUAAUUACAUUCUUUUUCAUCGUUCAAUCCUAGAGAAAAAUGCUUUGAGAUUAAAUCUUGUAGACCAGAGUUUGUGGUUGAACGAGCAAUUUCAUAUAUAAACUUAUAUUUUCUCAAAAUUCCAUAAAUAUGACGAUAAAAAUUAAUCUCUUACUUCG